AUGAUUUACUUCACGGGCGAGGUCGGAAUAGCCGAGCCACUUCCCUUUCUUUAUGAUAAUGAAAAAAUUGGGUGCUAUCAUAUAGCUUUGUAUCGGCUAAGUGACACAGGUGGUGCAUGGCUGUCAUCAGCUCGGGACGUAGGAGCCAGAAGUCAAAUUACUCAAAUUAGUGCUCGUUGUUGCUCUCUCAACUCAAUUCUCGACGAAUCGGAACCGAUAACUGAUUCAUUCAUCAUCGAUCAGAAACUAGAAACAACGUCUGUGGAUUCAUCAAUGGCUACAAAAGUGUAUAUUGUGUACUAUUCCAUGUACGGACAUGUAGCGAAGCUAGCUGAAGAGAUAAAGAAAGGAGCUGCAUCUGUCGAAGGAGUUGAAGCCAAAUUAUGGCAGGUGCCCGAGACUCUUAACGAUGAGGUGCUUGCUAAGAUGAGUGCACCUCCUAAAAGCGAUGUGCCCAUAAUCACACCAAACGAACUUCCUGAAGCCGAUGGAUUUAUUUUCGGAUUCCCCACGAGAUAUGGUAUGAUGGCUGCUCAGUUUAAAUCAUUUUUUGACGCCACCGGUGGUCUUUGGAGAACACAACAGCUUGCUAGCAAGCCUGCUGGUAUCUUUUAUAGCACUGGAUCUCAAGGUGGUGGCCAAGAAACUACUGCAUUGACUGCAAUUACUCAACUUGUCCACCAUGGGAUGAUAUUUGUGCCAAUUGGAUAUACAUUUGGAAGUGGAAUGUUUGAAAUGGAGAAAGUGAAAGGUGGAAGUCCUUACGGUGCCGGGACGUAUGCCGGGGACGGGUCGAGACAACCAUCGGAGCUCGAGUUGCAGCAAGCUUUCCAUCAGGGUAAGCACAUUGCUACCAUCACUAAGAAACUCAAGGGAACUGUCUGAUUCAAUAAGCAUGUUAUGCUAUAUAACUACUACACUACAAUGUGAGUGAUUGCUAAACUGCUAUUAUUGUUUUCUAUUUCUAAUUGCUUUGCUUGCUACAAUAGACCUAUAUAAAUUGUGUCUGAAACUAUUAUGAUUGAAGCUUAAUGGAAUAUGUUUGGAAUA